CUCCCUCCCUCCACCUAUACCCUCCCUCUCUCCCUCCAUCUCUCUCCGGAGGGGGCAGGCUGGGGUGCAGUGGCAGAGUUGUCCCAGAGCAGAGAGAUGAGACACGAGACGGUCUGCUGUCCUGGCUGAAUCCCACCGCUCUCCUGUGUGCUCCUCUCCUCUUUCUCCUUCCGUCUCGCUCGCGCUCUCUCUCCCCCUCUCUCUUCUCCUCCCGUCUCUUCGGUCAUGGAGUCCAACGGCAAGAAGAUCCAGUUUGCAGUUCCAGCGUUGCAGAGUCCUCUGGACCCGAAAGCAGCUGAGCAUAUCCGUAGGAGGAGACCUACCCCCGCCACCCUGGUGGUCUACAGAGACACGUCAGCUGACCUCCAGCCCAGCAGCCAAUCAGGACAGCAUGCACAGGCCCGCCCCGCCCAGAGGAAACGAAGCGUGUAUACUCCCCCCACCUUGAUAGAGAGAGAGAUCCCAGAACACAGCAGAACCCAGGAAGUGAGAGACCUUGGCCUGACCCGGCCCGUGUCAACAGCCACGGAAUCCUCUUCAGGUUCCACUCCCAGACGCAAAGACACACCCUACCAGCACCUGCCUCCCUUCACUCCAGGGGGCAGGCUGCUGGAGAACCACACUCCUUUCUCCGAGGAGGAGGAGCAGGAUGGAGAAGAGGAAGAAGGAGGGGAGGAGGAGGAGGAGAAGAAGAAGGGGGUUCCUCACUAACCAGCCCGUGCUGGGGAUUAACAAGAGGAGCACGCACACUCACACACUCACACACACACUCACCCACUCACACACUCACACAACAAACGCUCUCCUGUGUGCAAACACGUGUCUUCGUCCACCGAGACUGAAGGUUCUUCGGAGGUGUUGCUAUCGACGUGAGGGGGAAACCAGGUCAUGUGACCCUCCCCCCGCACGGUAGACUGAGUGAGGACGCACCGAGGUCAUGUGACGCCGCCCUUCGAUCACGUGACGUUCCCAGUUGGCCAGGACUCUUCCAGCUUCCUGCUUGGACGUAGAUUUCAUUACAGCAUCAGAAGAUGGAGCAUCUGUAUUAACCGCUCCAUGACUCGGGUAUUUCUAUGUCCUUUAUACACAGUCAGCUGGAAGAGUAUCGAUUACAUCCUGUUGUCACAGCAACGCUGACCAAAGCAGGAAGGCUGUGGUUGUGUCUGAAUUCUUGUCUGCAAUCGGCAUGUUUUAAAGUGCAGCUCAGAGAGUUUGAUUGCAGAUUUCAAGAGAUUGCGGGUUCGAAUCCCUAUAUGUCGCUUUGGAGAACAGCGUCUGCUAAAUGAAUAUGUCAUCACGCUGUUCAGAAGGUGUUGUGGGUGUUGAUGUGGUGUGGUUUGCAAUAAUAAACAUCCUGUUUUCGACGGUCCAAAGGAAGUAAUCAACAGUACCAAACACCUUUAUUGGGUUUAAACAACCUAGCCAUUUUACCUUUUUAGACUGCCAAAUAGACCCUUCAGCAUAUACCGUAUUUUUCGGAAAUAAAGCCGCGGGUUAUACCCCGAUUU